GCGCGCUCGCAGUUGGAUUGGGUUUGGUCCGGUGAUGCUGCGCCUGACAUCACAAGGCACUGAUGCGCUUGCAUCAAGUCUGAGCAGUCUUUCAAUCUUUCACUCACUUUCUUGAAGCGUGAAGUCUGCGGAGUUCGGAAGCUGUAGGCACAGUCUCAGCGACUAAAAAUAUCGCCAAAAUAAAAUGGAACUUACUAAACACAUAACACACCGCCCACUGACGCGGAUCCAAGAAUUGGGCUACAUUUUCUAUAUGGACUUUUAACUUUUUCACGAGUUGGGGAAUUAAUUUAGUCAAAAGCAGGUAAAGCGGAAGACUGUUAUGCAUUUUGACAGCUUUUUUGGUGUCCCUCAAGGAUCGAGAAGUUCGUGCCUCAGCGCACAAGGAUACCAAACUUCAGGAGAACAGCGAUAGCGCGAAAUAUAACUUGCCUUUUCAUUUACCUCUGCAUUUAAUUUUUUUUUUUGAAGGAGCCAGAUAGCCAACGCUCUUGGAAACAUUCGCCAGGUGACCGCUAAUAUACAUUGAAUAUGGAUCGACGUUGAUCAUUUGUAGGCGAUAUUAAUUCAGCGUUUAAUAUCGAAGUUUCCAUUCAAUCAUUUUUGAAACUUUUGUUUGAAAGGUAACCGAUCAAAUGUUUUAAUAUAAAAUCUUGUAAACUAAUAGCUACACUAUAUUAUAUUCUUGACGUGUUUUAGCCUAACUAGAACACUGAAUCUGUAGUUUAUAUAAAUAUAAGUGGACAAUGUCCUUGUUUGUCUUAAGCAGUUCCUGUCUUAAAUUAUCUCUAACUAAAAAUGGAAUUUUCCUUAAAGGACUAAGCUAGCACACAAGUUCUUUGACCAGCAGUGCAGACUAAAUCAAACAAUCUUGUCUUGGUACAAAACCGACUUUAAAUGAAUUCUAGCAUGGAGGUUGCUCUGGAUGCUAUUUAUGAAGGGGGCACUAACACCAGCAGCCUUGGGGUGCAGGUAGUCAACCAGACUGCUCCCAGAUCACCCCCUUACUCACCAGAGGCUACUGCAGCCAUUGCCAUCACCAUCACACUCAUGAUUAUCUUCACCAUCUUUGGAAACAUCUUGGUCAUCAUUGCGGUUCUGACCAGCCGCUCCCUGCGGGGCCCCCAGAACCUUUUCCUGGUGUCUUUGGCGGCAGCGGACAUCCUGGUGGCCACCCUCGUCAUCCCCUUCUCGCUGGCCAACGAGCUGAUGGGCUACUGGUACUUUCGCAACGUCUGGUGCGAGAUCUACCUGGCCCUGGACGUCUUCUUCUGCACUUCGUCCAUCGUGCAUCUGUGCGCCAUCAGCCUGGACCGCUACUUGUCCAUCUCGCGGCCGGUCAGCUACACGUCGCGGCGGACGUCCGGCCGCAUCAAGGCGGCCAUCGUGGUGGUGUGGCUGAUCGCGGCGGUCAUCUCCUUCCCGCCACUGCUCUCCAUGAACAAGAGCCCGGACGAGAAGCAGGGGGGUCCCCACUGCGAGCUGAACGACGACACCUGGUACAUCCUCUACUCCACCAUCGGCUCGUUCUUCGCGCCCUGCCUCAUCAUGAUCCUCGUCUACGUGCGCAUCUACCAGAUCGCCAAGCGGCACACACGCUGCCCGCCCGGAGAGCCCAGGAGGGACGCGAGCGCCACCUCUCCUCCGCGGGGACUCGGCACAGCGCAGCGCAACGGGGCGGACCCCGGGAGCUUGGCCAAGAAAGAGCGUGCGAACAGACCUCCGGGCCUCAACAUGCCGUCCUCUUCCUCGCCCCCUGCCCAGUGGGAGGCUCCAGCCACUGGCCCGAAAUCCCAACUACCCAUACCCCCCUCAGCCCCAGCUCAGGCAGCCUCCACCGGAUCCUUUGCUUCCCUAUCGGUCUCCUCCGAGCUCCAGUCAGAGGUCGCCCCUAAGCCCCAGGGGGGUCAGCAGCACCACGGCAGCCCAGAGAAACCAGCAGAGGGUUACAACGACGACAGCUCCAGCCCCGAGUCUGACAAUGAGACGCCAGAGAGGCACGGGGCAAACAGCAUGGGCGCAAGGAGCACCGGUCCCAAAUCUCCGGCACAGAAAGGCCGAAACUUAGUGAUGACCUCGAAGGGGACACAGUUGGCCUCGAUCAAACCCAAAGUAGUGGGGACUCCCAACACGGCCCGGCGCAAGGCCCUGGUCAAUCGAGAAAAGCGAUUCACCUUUGUGCUGGCGGUGGUCAUCGGUGUUUUUGUCAUUUGCUGGUUCCCCUUUUUCUUCUCUUACAGCCUCCAAGCCAUUUGCCCCAAAACCUGCAGCACCCCUGACCCACUGUUUACGUUCUUCUUCUGGAUUGGCUACUGCAACAGUUCCCUCAAUCCAGUCAUCUACACCAUAUUCAACAAGGAUUUCCGUAAGGCCUUCAAGAAGAUACUUUGCAAAAACACAAAAAAGACAUUGUUCUGAAAUGGGGGAAUAUGUUUUGUCCCUUGAGAAUCUAAACUCUAAUAUCUCUCCUUUUUGAAUGCAAUGAGUGAUGCAACAAUUCAAUACAACAUCUAAAGAGAAGCUUUCUAAUGGAUAUUCACAAUAGACUUUUCUGCAUGACAUGCUUCUGUGCUGGUCUUUUAAGCAAAUGCAGUAGGGAGCAUGACAAAUUCAGACAUUUUUUUUUCUUUCCUCUCUUUCAAUCCCUGGGGAUGUUUUAGUCAGUGCUUUUCUGAUCUGAAAGGCCACUUUGAGAGACGGUGUCAACCCUGUGACAUUUGUGGCAAGGUGGUUGUUUAACCAAUUCACUCAACUGCUUUCUGUUCUUGCUAUUUCUUGGUAAAUUAUCCAUGGCAGUGCCAGAGCAGUUGUUUGUGCGCACAAUGACAUGAACUUCAUGCAGGACACAUUUUUAAACUAGUUAUUUAAUCUUAAUAUAAUGUUUAUUGAAGACAAAAUAAAUGGAUCAUAUUUAACUUUGUUGGUGCAACAAAAUACAUAUCUCCCAAAGACCACCAGCAUUACUGGUGUCACCAACCUACAGUAUGAAAAAACCUGCUUUGGCUAUGUAUUUACUGGUUAUGUGUGCAAAAGGUUUUUUACUCUGUCUCCAGUUUCUAGGUUACAGGUUUCAAAACGGCAUGUUCUGUUGGCUGAUUAGCUUGGGUUAAAUAUGCAAAAGUAGAAAUAAACAAGCAGCAAAACAGAAUGAUAGUGGUCAUUGCAUUGAAGUGUCAUCAUUUAUUUUUUCACUAAUUUGAGUGAAUGCACGUGGGGGUGUUUUUUCAGAGCAUAAAAGCUGAAGUUAUAAUCGUCACAUCAAAUAUGAUGGGACCAUUAUCCAAAUGCGAUGUUUGAGCAGUGCAAUUUGUAGUUCAAACAUUGACACAUUACAUCCUUAACAGAUGGGGAAAAAAACAUUAAUUCUAGAAUGCUUUUUUUGAAAGAGUAAAAUAACAAGUUGACCCUGUAAUAAUAUGAUUCAAUUCAUGAUGUUGCUGCUUAACCAGCAGGCAUGUGUUUAGUGUGUGUGUGCCCUCAUAAAUGUGUUUGAUUUGUAGAAGCCCAAAUUAUGCAUAUCACAUUCAUUGAUUCAAAUCUGUUCCCAAUUGACAUUGAAAAUGUGAAAUGAGUAUAGUAAAAGAACCCUCCUCAUCACUGCGAGAUUUUAUUGAAUUGCAAACCUAUUGAAUGUGUUGAUUCACAUCAUAGUGUUUUUUUAAAGGAAAAGUCUGGCCUCUGAACUGGUCAGCAAGCAUAUGAUUCAGUGCUGGCAAUGAGAUUGUUGUUGUUCGGUGUGUUGACAUAUACUCAUAUUGAUGCAGACUACAUGUGGGGAGUUAUGUGUUCAGGGGGAAUAAGUUGAUAUCAUUCCACUCGACAGCCUAUUUCAAACUGAAGAGAAACUUUGACCAUAUCAAAUGUAAUUUGGAGUGGCAAAGGCAGUUGUUCUGGAGACGUAUUGUUAAAGAAAUGACUUGCUGGCAGAUUGUAAAUGUGGAGCCAUAUUGUUG